AGCCUAGAAGCCAUCUUCACCCUACAGGUCAUGUAGACGUGGUAACAGUGGUGAUCAGUUUGGGUGAAAACCUGCAGAUAUUUUGAGUAAAUGUGAAUUUUAUUUUUGAAACGCGAGCAAUCAUGCUGGAUUUCGCCAUCUUUGCUGUCACGUUUGUCAUCAUUUUAGUCGGAACAGUUUUGUAUUUGUACCCGUCGUCCAGAAGAGCCUCUGGCAUUCCAGGUCUCAAUCCUGCUGAUGAGAAUGUGUCUCUGCUCUCUCAGGGAUGGGAACCUGCAGGACAUCGUAAACAGAGGCAGUCUGCAUGAUUUUCUCGUUAGUCUGCAUGAGGAGUUUGGGUCUGUGGCAUCCUUCUGGUUUGGUGGUCGACUGGUAGUUAGCCUAGGCUCCAUGAACCAGCUACAACAGCACAUCAACCCCAACCACACGACUGACUCAUUUGAGACAGUCUUAAAGUCGUUGCUAGGUUACCAGUCAGGGAUGGGCAGUGGGGCCAAUGACUCUGUGAUAAGGAAGAAGGUCUAUGAGAGUGCCAUUAAUAAUACGCUCAAGAACAACUUCUCUAUCAUGGUUAAGGAGGUGGAGAAACUGGUCGAAAAGUGGAAGUCAUUUCCAGAUGCGCAGCACACCCCACUAUGUGCUCACCUUCUGGGUUUGGCCAUGAAGACUGUGACCCAGCUGGCUUUGGGAGAACACUUCAGAGAAGACGCUGCUGUCAUUUCUUUCCGGAAGAAUCAUGAUACGAUCUGGUCAGAAAUUGGCAAAGGAUACUUGGAUGGCACCUUGGAAAAGAGUUCAAGCAGAAAAGUACAUUAUGAGAGGGCUCUGUCAGAGAUGGAGUCCGUGCUGCUGUCAGUAGUAAAGGAGAGAAAAAUCCAAAAAAAGCAGACAGUGUUUGUGGACACUUUGCUUCAGUCCAGCCUCACAGAACAGCAGAUUGUGGAGGACUGUAUGGUUUUCACUUUGGCUGGAUGUGUCAUCACGACCAACUUGUGUGCCUUUGCACUUCACUUCCUGUCCACCUCACCCGAAGUUCAAGACAAGUUGUACCGGGAGCUGCAGGAUGUUCUAGGUUCUGAUCCAGUUUCCUUUGACAAGAUUCCUCAGCUAAAAUACUGCCAGCAGGUCCUCAACGAGACAGUGAGGACUGCCAAGCUGACCCCAGUUGCAGCUCGGCUUCAGGAACUGGACGGCAAAGUCGAUCAGCACAUCAUUCCCAAAGAGACUUUGGUGAUCUAUGCCUUGGGAGUAGUCUUGCAAGAUUCAGACACCUGGAGCACCCCAUGCAGGUUUGACCCAGAUAGAUUUGAGGAGGAAUUUGCUAGGAAAAGCUUCUCUUUGCUUGGAUUCUCAGGAAGUCAGACCUGCCCAGAUCUGAGGUUUGCCUACACUGUAGCUACCGUCCUGCUGAGCACAUUAUUACGGCAACUAAAGCUUCACAAGCUGGAGGGGCAGGUUAUGGAUAUCCGAUCUGAGCUGGUGUCCACACCUAAAGAUGAGUCCUGGAUUACUGUAAGCAAACGAAGCUAAGAAGUGUUUUUAAAAAAACAGUUGCAGGAAGACGAGCUGAAUACCAAGCAAGUAUCCCAAGCAAGCAAUAUCUAAAAAAAGUAUUUCUUAAAUGCUGAUCAUCCACAUUUGUCUCGACCCAUGACUCACAUCUCCUUUCAUUUCACACAUCACAGUAGGAAACUAUUAAUUAUUGAAUCUUUAAUCUUAUUUACAGACAUUGCCUUUUUUGUACCUACCUGGUGCCUUUUCAAUUGAAUUCAAUUGAAUUGUUAUUUUUGCUUGUCCAGAUCAAAUUUGCACUUGUUUAAAGACUUGCUCUGUUUAAUAAAGGUGGUGCAAUCCUCUAUAGUGUGCAGAAAAACCACUUUAACUGUCAGAGUUCCUAAAACAUGGGCCUUUUUGUUCCAUUAGAAGAGACGUUGACAUUGCAUUUAAGGAUUUUGUUGUUUUUUGAUUGAUCUUGUAUUUUAAUAAAUACCUUACAUUUGGA